GUUCGAGUACACGCAAAUUCUUUACAGGUAAGGCAUAUUCUGUGUAAUUUUUUCUGGUCGUUAAAAAAAGGAUUUGUGAAUUUUAGCCAAAAACGAUCGUUUGCAGGAAGUAGAUACCGCUUUUGCUGGCGAUAUUUGUGCAACUUAUGGUUUGGAGUGUUUUUCGGGCGAAACGUUUUGUGACGACAAAGAAUACGCCGAAUCGAUGCAUAUUCCGGAACCAGUUAUUUCAAUGUCUAUUCGGUGCGUGAACAAUAAGGACGGUGAGAAGUUUAUGAAAGCUCUAAACAGGUUCACGAAAGAAGACCCCACAUUUCGUAAGGAAUAUAAUACUGAAGCGAGGGAAACAGUUGUCUCCGGAAUGGGUGAACUGCAUUUGGUAAGCAUUGCAUAUAUACAUACGCUUUAGUA